CGAGCGAGGGGGGGAAAAAACAGAGGGAAGCCCUGGGACUCUGUUCGUUUUGAGCUGUUGAACUGGGUUUAUGGAGCCUGCGGGUCGGGAAAAUGAAAAUCUCUUCAGUGGUCGUAGUUCUCCUGACUAGAUCUUUCGUUGGAGAGGUUUGCGAGGCCCUGAAUGUCACUGUAACCCCGGGGCCCGUCACCAUGUCCCCGGAGGGCAACAACGUGACGCUGUCCUGCCGGGUGUCCCAGAGGAAGAGGGCCAACAGCGUGCUGGCGGUGCGCUGGCUCUUCGCCCAGGACCCCGCCGGCGAGGAGCAGCUCAUCGUCAAGCUGAGCGUGAGGAAGGCCAAGUACUACGGCAACUACACGCGACGCUUCACCCAGCCCAAGCUGCGGCUCUUCGAGGAGAAGGAGGCCAAGGCCUACAACCUGCUCAUCCUCAACAUCUCCCAGGAGGAUGGCGGCCACUACAUCUGCAAGGUGCAGGAGAUCAGGAGACACCGCAAUCGCUGGAGGGCCUCGUCCAAUGGCACAGGGGUGACGGAGCUCAGAGUGCAUGUCACACCAGUUCCUGAGAGCAGGGACCAGAUAUGGCGCCUGUUCGAAGACGUGUACCUGUGUGCUGUAAUGAUCUGCUCUGUUGGGCUCAUCUGCAUGUUUCUGUUUGCGGUGAUCAUCACCUGCCAGUACAUCCACAGGAAACAGAGAUUGAAAGCCAGCUACUAUUUGGUCAAGAGUCCUCAAAACAGCUCAGGGGAGAACGUUCCGGGCACUGUCGGUUUGUCUCCUGGAUCCCCCAAGAAAGGGAAGAAACACAAACAGACCCCCAAAGGGCUCACCAACGAGGCACCUCCAGAGGUACCAGCUAAAGUGCCAGUGGCAGAUAAACAGCGAAGGCCAAAACUCUUGAAGGUUCAACCAAGAAAAGUGGUUUUGCCAAAGAUCACAGAGGAGAAUUUGACGUAUGCUGAGCUGGAGUUGGUCAAACCCCAACCGGAGACCAAAACAACCUGCACAGGGACUGUGUAUGCUCAGAUUCUCUUUGAAGAAAAGCAAGUGUAA